AUGCUGGCGGAGCCGGGAGAUUCUGUUCUUUUUCACGGUAAGGUGGAGAAGAUAGGUGCGGACGGCUCCAGCCUUCCCCGUGGCGUGUUUGUGACGCCAUCAAGCCUUCUUGUAAGUCUUCCCGCUGGGGGUGUUACCCGCACCGUGCAACUUUCUAAUGUGCUGGAACUCGUCCUCACGAUGCCUGAAGGAAGCAGUGACCGUUUCCUCUGCAUGAUACGGGUGCGAAACGAGGCACUGCUGACUCUUAGCUUCACGAGUCGCGAGGACGCGGACCGUUUCUCCGAUGCUAUUCGCCGCGCGGCGAGUCACGUAAGUGUUGUUCACAGCAGUGAAGAAGCCGUGCAAGAGAGGCACGUUACGUUAGAUGCACCACGCCCUACAACGAAGGGGGUGCGCUUCGCUGACCCGCCGGCGUCGCUGGGCGGCAGCGGCCACCGCCUCUCGCCGCAGCAGUCUUCGUUGGGGCCAGUGAGCNCCGGCGUCGCUGGGCGGCAGCGGCCACCGCCUCUCGCCGCAGCAGUCUUCGUUGGGGCCAGUGAGCCACAGCAGCAGCAGCAGCCACACCGCCGCCGCGCCGGUUGA